AUGGAUGAGGAGGUCCUAAUGCGUUCGGCUGAAUCGAUUGCAGCCACGAAUAGAAUCUUGCAACAGAUCUAUAAAACAGAACAGAGACGCCGUGUGGUGUUAAAGAAACAGAUAGCUGGCUCAACAACAUUGGCAUCGCCGGGGUCGUUAUUUGCGCAACCUCAGCGUCCUAACCCAAAACUGACAAUUACGCGCUAUCAAGACGCGGACUUGCGCGUCUAUCAGGUUUCCAGCAACAUCAACGUGGAGGAGCCGCUAGAACCAGUAUCAACCUUUAACAUCCAGUCGAAUGACGAGAUUGCAGACUGCACAGUCGGUCUAAACCUACGUCGAGCAGUCUACGCCACCCGCACCAAGGUAGUAUGCAUCGGCGAGGAGAGCACUGUACUAUGGAGCCGUGACUUGGAGCCUCUCUCCACGCGGUUCUAUGGACAUCGUCCAGGCUGCGCACUCUUUCUCGACGGGACUAAGCUAUGGGUCUACCGCCCUGACGCAAUGGCCGGUCGUCAUUGCCUCGACACAUUGGAGGUGCUAGACGCUAAUACCGGCGACGUUGUAGCUAAGGCAGACCUAGACACUGUCGGGCAUGGCGCCAAUCUCAUGCAGCACCCCGACGGACAACACCUCCUAAUAGGCAUCGGUGAAGGGCAGGACGGUGCAAAAAUCUUCCGAGCGGCACUUACUAACGACGGCAUAGAGCUGCACUUGUACGAAUGGACGGAUCGCUGCCUCGUCGACUUGGCGUCUGACGGGCGACUGUUUAUAACGAUUCACCACGGCUGGCGCGAUGUCGCUUGUCACCGAUUCCCAGAUGGCGACGUCGUACUGCGCCUUCCGGUAGUAGACUUUGGAUACCGGGACGAUGCGGCGACAAACUGGAGCGGUGGCUUCCUCAGCCCGCAGGUAGCUGUUAUUGCGGUCGUAGGCGAGACCGAUGGGCAGGAGUGGCGACAUUUCCAUCGAGUGGACCUGCUCACGGGCCAGCCAAUGGGGCGGUUUGAGCCGAAUUGCCCUGAGGGAAGCGACUUCGAGCUGUUGGGUGACGGGAGCUGGAUUACAUCGACAUUCGAUGGUAACCUUGUGCGAUGGCAUGCUUCUUAA